GGUCUGUGAAGAGGGAUUUAAAAAUGUUUUUCUCCAUUAGUGCCCGGAGAGUUUGUUACCUUAAGACUUAGAGGACCAUAUAGCAGACACCUUAUAUGACUAUCUGGGCUGUUUAUGCAUCUUCAAGGGUCUCCCUUUGCUUGGGAGCUAUUUUACUUGUCUCUGAGAUGGCUAUGAGGACUGCUGAGGCCAUGGUGAGGCCUAGAGCUCCACUCCUGUGCUCUCCAAGCUAUCUCGAUCCUCUGUCAGAAGUGGAAGUCUUCCACUGUGUUCUAUUUUCUUGCAAGCUUAUUGUACUCAAUUGAGUAUCUUAAUGGGGUAAGUGGAGACUGUGUACAAGGCCACCCACCUUGCACAGGAGUUUCAAAGCCUGUUGUCUUCAGACAAUUUCUCUCCUUUCAUUUUUUUGGUCUUUGUGAUGGAUAUGUGCCAGAACAUGGUCUCUGUGGUUGCCUCCAGUUGAGUGGACACUUCUUCCGCUCUGCUAUCUUGGUAGGGCACCAGGAUGCAGGAGACUGGUCAGAUACUGAGAUUAGGCACUUCAUUAGUUCUAUAGUGAGUUUAGCUGCUUUACUUCCUUGCUGGGUUAGUGCAAGCAGCUAGCAUAUCCUGGCUCACUCACUGAUGCAGAGGUGUGCAGUGCAGCGUUCGCAGUUCCCAUAGCACAGGGAUAGCAAGGCGAUGCAUUGGGCUGGCACACUUGCAAGUUGUGCUCAGCGUGAUAGGCUGCAUCUGGCAGGGCUGUGCAGCAGAGUCCACAGCAGCCCCCACACACAGCAACCCACACUGAUGAACAGUCUCAGGUCCACUGCAAAGUUAGUCUUCGAUGAAGAAUUUCAGAGAAACUGAGUUAGCUUCCUCUUCCCCUUCAUUUUCUCUCUUGGCAUAAAAGAGAUCGUACACAAGUUUCAGUGUCCCACUGACAUCUUUUGUUUGUUUUGUUUCAGGAUCUAAUGCAGGAUUCCAUACUAGUUGUCAUAUUUCCUCCAGUCUGCUAUUUCCAUCUGAUUGAUUGAGGCUAUGUGGUCAAUAGAAACACUGAUAUCAAUACCCCAAGAUAUAGGCUAAGAAUAAUCAGCUUUCUGCUAGAAAGGCAGUGUAUUCACCAGAAUAUGAUAGAUGCAUGUGGGGAGGGGUGUUGACUAGAAUCUUGACCAGUGCUUCUCCAGGUAAGGGGCUCAGAACCCCCAUGUGAUCAGGGCAUGUGUGUACACUGACAGGGCAUCCGAGGGAAAUGGAGGGUUCAAGCACAGGUUCUAGAUAAAUUUGCAACAGUGGUUUUACUAAUACCACCCCAUAUAUCCUGCUUUCUCAGAAUCAGCUGUGCUAUGGAAACUCAAGGUGUAUGGUUGAAUGAAUUCCAUGAAGCAAGGCUGACUGUAAAGUGCCAUAUAACUUACAGAGCCAUCUCAGUUAUUUAAAUGCAGAAAAACAUUUUCCCUGCAAGGGGAGAAGACUAGACAGAUACAUUGAGGGCCUCACACAACAAGAAUGUGACACUAAAGUUAGGGCUGUGGCGAACAUUCUUACUGUUUCUCUUCAUAAAAUUCCUCCCAGGGAACUGGUCAGCAGAAGUGCUUCGAACUAUCCUCCUGGACUGUUAGUUGGAAGGAGAGUCUGAGGAACCUGGAAUGCAGGUGUGGGUGGAGCCAUGGCACUUGCUCCUUAGACUGCACCAGGGUUACAGGCAGAAGCUUGCAUUGAGACCUGUCUGCCUUGAAAUGGAAGGUGCUGCUCUCCUGUCCUUAGAUCUUAAGGGCAGAAGCUCACACUGGCUCUGGCCUGCUUGGAUGGAGUUAGUCUUAGAGUUGUCUUGAAACUGACCCUGGAACCUGGUGGAGGAGCUGGUACCUCCAAAGCAUGGAGCCACCAUCAAGGAGGAUGAAACUUUCCCAACAUGCUGUGGAUUUGAUUCCUGUCUUGACUUUUUGUAGCUUUCAUGUCUACACAUUCAAGAGCUGUCCAGUAAGGUUACAUAUAUAUUAGCCCAUGGUGGAGCGACAGAUUUACUUCCCCCAAAGGGGCCUCAUAUUGAUGAUGGGCAAUUUGGAGUGCUCUAGAGGGAGCACCUAUAUGAUUGAUUGCAUAUGGAGGUGAGCUUUGGAAGAAUGAAGUCUGACAAGAGAGGCUGGGGAAGGGGAAAAGAUGGAAACCGGUUUCAUUCAGCAUGUCACCAAAAAAGUUGAAAGGUGGAAUGGAGCAUGCAUGUCAUGGCAACAACCACUGUCUUCCUCUCAGGUGCUCUGAUGAACAUUAACAGUUGUUAAGGAUCAGUGGGCUGUGGUGACCUGGUACUCAUGAGGCAGAGGUGACAGAACCCCAUACCCUGUGACUUCUGAUUCUUGCUUGUCAGUGUGCCCCUUUCUCGCACUCUGGAUGAUGUCAGAGCAGGACCUGGCGGAUGUGGUUCAGAUUGCAGUGGAAGACCUGAGUCCUGACCACCCAGUUGUUUUGGAGAAUCAUGUCGUGACAGAUGAUGAUGAACCUGCUUUGAAGCGCCAGCGACUAGAGAUCAAUUGCCAGGAUCCCUCUAUAAAGUCUUUCCUGUACUCUAUUAACCAGACGAUAUGUUUGCGGUUGGAUAGCAUUGAGGCCAAGCUGCAAGCUCUCGAGGCUACUUGCAAAUCUCUGGAAGAGAAGCUAGACCUGGUCACCAAUAAACAGCACAGUCCCAUCCAGGUCCCCAUGGUGGCUGGUUCCCCACUUGGCGCCACACAGACCUGCAACAAAGUACGAUGCGUCGUCCCCCAGACUACAGUAAUACUCAACAAUGAUCGGCAGAACGCCAUUGUAGCCAAGAUGGAAGACCCAUUGAGCAACAGGGCACCGGAUUCCCUGGAAAAUAUCGUUAGCAACGCUGUUCCUGGGCGUCGGCAGAACACCAUCGUAGUGAAAGUGCCUGGUCAGGACGACAGCCACAAUGAAGAUGGCGAGAGUGGGUCAGAGGCCAGCGACUCUGUGUCUAAUUGCGGCCAGCCAGGAAGCCAGAACAUCGGAAGCAAUGUCACUCUCAUCACGCUGAACUCUGAAGAGGACUACCCCAAUGGCACCUGGCUGGGCGACGAGAAUAACCCUGAGAUGCGGGUGCGCUGUGCCAUCAUCCCCUCUGACAUGCUGCACAUCAGCACGAACUGUCGCACAGCCGAGAAGAUGGCGCUGACCCUGCUGGACUACCUGUUCCACCGUGAGGUGCAGGCUGUGUCCAACUUGUCGGGCCAGGGCAAGCAUGGGAAGAAGCAGCUGGACCCCCUCACUAUCUAUGGCAUCCGGUGUCACCUCUUCUAUAAAUUUGGAAUCACGGAAUCCGACUGGUAUCGGAUCAAGCAGAGCAUUGAUUCCAAGUGCCGUACAGCCUGGCGACGGAAGCAGCGAGGCCAGAGCCUGGCGGUCAAGAGCUUCUCUCGGAGGACACCAUCCUCAUCCUCAUACAGUGCCUCAGAGACCAUGAUGGGAACCCCUCCCCCCACCAGUGAGCUCCAGCAGUCACAGCCACAGGCCCUACACUACGCAUUGGCCAACGCACAGCAAGUCCAGAUCCACCAGAUCGGAGAGGAUGGACAGGUGCAAGUAAUCCCACAGGGCCACCUCCAUAUUGCCCAGGUGCCUCAAGGGGAGCAGGUGCAGAUCACACAGGACAGUGAGGGCAAUCUGCAGAUCCACCACGUGGGUCAGGACGGCCAGUCGUGGGGCCUGUGCCAGAAUCCCAUUCCUGUCAGCGGUGACUCAGUGGCCCAGGCUAAUCCCUCCCAGCUUUGGCCUCUGGGAGGAGACACACUUGAUCUGCCUGCUGGAAAUGAAAUGAUCCAGGUACUGCAGGGUGCUCAGCUCAUAGCCGUGGCCUCUUCAGACCCUGCUGCUACAGGAGUGGAUGGGUCACCUCUCCAGGGCAGUGACAUUCAGGUUCAGUAUGUCCAGCUGGCACCUGUGAGCGACCACACAGCUGCAGCUCAGACGGCUGAGACGUUGCAACCCACUCUACAGCCCGAAAUGCAGCUUGAACAUGGAGCCAUCCAGAUCCAGUGAGACAUUGUAGGAGCACCACGCCACAGCUGCUCACUGACCCUGCCCUGUGCCCUGCUCUCUUGCUUCAGCAAGCAACUGCAGGUUCUGUUGGGCAUCCGAGAGCUCCUCCUCCCAGGGAAAGGUCCUGGCCACCCCCUGCUGGAAGGCGCCUCAGGAUUUGAGUCUCACUGCUGGUCUCCAAAGGAGAAGCCUAGUGCAGUGCUGAGUACGUUCAGAAAAACAAGAACUACGAUAUUUUGUUUAAACAGCUUUUUUAAUUUGCUAUGGUGUUUAUAACAAAAAAGAAAAUGGAAAAAAAAAAAAAAAACCCAAAAAACCAACCAAACAAAGAAAAACCAGAACAGAAACACAACUGUGGAGUAGUGGAAGCCUGGGCCGUGUGCUCCCUUCAGGGUCCUGACGUAGGUGUUGGAGCCAGUUGAUGAUGCUGGAGCACUUCGGACCUGCUGCUAGGGGAGUGCUCCAAAGGGAGUGCUCCCCAAUGUGAUUAUGCAUUUCUGAUGAAAUAAAGUGUAUUUAUGGCCA